AUGGAGAGAAGAAGAGGGCGGCCCAGGCGGCGCCCUCGUGCUGGACCCCCUUCUACUAUUCCUCCUCCACCCAUCUACGUUGGUGAGUGCGCGCCGUGUCGCUCGUAGAAGCAACUGUCCCCUGUUGGCAUUUCUUGAGGUGGUUUUCUCCCUGUGUGCCGAUGAUGAUUCUGACGUGUAUUGCUUUCUGUAGGAAAUUGCACAGUGGAAGUCGGAGGCAGCAGCGUCACCUGCGAACGCCAGACCGAUGACUGCGUACUUAUUUCAACCAUGGGCCCCGCAAACAUCAGGGUCUCCGCAGGCAUUCUCCAAUCCUUUCAGCUUUGUUUUAUUUUGUUUUGGGUUUUUUUCCGAUGUCGGGUUUCGUUUCUUAACUAUAUUUUAAUUUUCCUUUGAGCAGUCGAUAGUACGAGGAAUUUAACGACCCACGAAUCUUGCAUCAAGCAUUUGUAUGGCCUUAAGUCUUCCUGCAGAGGUCUGCCUUCAUUCAUUCGUCUCUUCUUUUCGUUGUCUGCUCAGCACCGAAGUUAAAUUGUGCUGGGGCAUUCCUGUGUUCAUACAUCUAGCAAGACUGUUCGACGAUGUUUUUUUCACCUUUGCGUGCAGUGCUUUUGAGAAAGAAAAGAUUCUGUGUCCGAAUUCUAUGGACAUGUUUGGUUGCGUACUUGAAAUUCCAGAGUAGAAAUUUAAUUUUCCAACAGAAUUCUACCCUCGUGUACAGUUAUUCACUUGAAUAAGUUGCAUAUUUUCUCAUAUUUUUCAUUUUAUAUUGGUGUUCUCCGCUGAUUACUGGGGAGAAUGUCUUAUUCUGCCUUUUUCGCGUAAGAGAUAUUUGAGAGGUCUUGCAGUUAAUUUGCAACAUGGUAUUUUGACUUUAUAUACCUUUAAAAUGAUUCAGGUAGUAGAAUGUUGACUGUGAAAUGGAUUCUUUUGUGCAAGCAUAAGACAAUGCCACUUCGUGUCAAAGUAGAUAAUCAUUUGAAUGAGCAGGAUGGAUGAAUAUUUUUUUCACUACACCUAAUAAAGUCAGAUCAUCACAUUGAAGUUUUUUUUUCCAUUUUUUUCGUGAAGGUGCACAUUUAUUGACUCAUACACGUUCUUCUUUCAUGAAUGUGGUGCCUUUAUAAUUGCAGGUGAGGAAUCUUUUUUGGUAAAGGACUGUUCAUUUCAGAUGUUGAACCCAAAGGAUAUUGAUAGCCGUAGCAGGACUCUGGUUCAGGUAAUGCCUCUUCUGUUCACUCUGUGUUUCGUGUGAGUAUUUGGAUCGAUUAUAUUUAUAGGUUACUGUUUACGAUUUUGCAUAAAACUUUAAUGCAGUUAUGUUGGGAAUUAAUUUUAGUUGUUCCAGCUCUUUCAAGGGUAUCUGCUUGAAACUGUGGGCGGUUUCUGGCCUAUAAUGUUUAGGGAUAAAUGGAACAGGGUGUUUUCACGACUGUGAUAAAGUAUAUUAUGAUCAUUUUUUUCUAUUUCUUAUAUGGACAUGAAACUUUUAUUCAUACUCUGAUAAUGUAAACUAUGAUGUCAAUAUACGUUCUCACAUCAUCUGUGCCUUACAUUAAUUGAAGAACAUCCUGCAUUGAUCUUCAAUUUUUUAUCUAACUAGAAACUUGCAACAUAUGACAGGAGGUUUUGAAUAUUUACAUGAAAGAACUUCCCAGCAUGAACUAUGCUGCAAAUACUGGAAAACGAUCCACGUUCCUUGAAAAGUGUGUCUCUGGUGGGUAAGUAUUUCUUAUUUGAUUGCGUAGGGUUUUUUUAUUCAUCAACAUGUGCUGAACAGUGGUAAAAUGUAUGGAUGUCAAGUAUUUGAAAAACGUUACAGGUUUUGUUACUGAAUUUGUCUCUUAGGGAUUAUUUCUUUUUACUAUUUUAUUUCAACCUAUUGCUGUUCUCUUUGGAUCAUAAGCCUUCAUUCUUCAGGAAAUACAAGACAAUGGUGCUGAGAACCGAUUCUACAAAAGAAAAUGGUGAGGUAAGUAUCCUUGAAUUUGUUUUGCUAAGUGAAUUGCUCAUUUAUACUAUUUGAGUUAUCUGGUUUCUCAAGGAAAGAGUUGGCUGCAAGUUUAGCGGACUCAUCUUUAUAGCCACUGUUUUAUUUCCGUAUUAACUGACACAGAAGUAUUGUUAAAAGAUACAAAUACCUUUUAUCAAUUUUGUUACAUCUUUUUCUUCAAUGUUUUUAUUGAUUUUAAAACAGUAUGAAUUGAUCAUUUUUCUGUGCUAAAAAUUCUUAUUGAUAAAUUUUGUCAAGGCUAAGGUAAUAUAUAGGUGGCUCAAUGUAAGUGCCAACACUUUACAUUUAUUGAUUGACAACUGUAAAGAAAUAGAGACUUGAGUUUACGAGGUUUGACACUUGAAUGAGAUGUCCCAGAUCCGGGGAAAACCAUAAAACAUUUCGGAAAAAGUCAGCAGUUGCAAAUAUAUCCUAUCAUCUAUCUUUGAAUGUUGGUUAGAUUUAAUUGAAAAAUAUUUCUUUGAUACUCAUGUCCAUGAUUUAGAAGCAUUGUUGAAUAGUAUGGCUUGAUUGGUGUUAUUGCCAACUGUCAGCAGAUUUAGCCUUUGUCCGCCAUUUGUUUAGUACUUUUGGUUUCGGCUACAUGAUUUCUUUGGUAAGGGUGCGAGUUACGAGAAUUGAAUUUUUAACUUCAGCGGAAAUUUCAAAAACUCGGAAUGCAGAAUUCAUUCUUUCUCCGUAUUUAAUUUUGUAGAUUGCGUGAACAAUUAUUGAUUCGUUUUCUUAUAUCUUAUAUAGUAUUGUAUCAAGAUUGUUUGAUUCCAAGCAUUUAAAACUUCAAAUAUUUCCUGAAAACAUUAUAAUUUCUUCUGCCAAAAGCUUUUCCUUCCAAAGAUUUGUAAAACUGUAAUACUACUUCAUAAGCAUCUGCGUUCCAUAUCUUUGAACUCAUGACGUCGUUUCCUAACGGAUUUUAAUACUACAAACCUGACAAAGGAGUAGCCUAACCACUUUUAGAAGUUUGGUUACCUUCAUUAAUGUCCAAACUGUAUGGACGCUUUGCUCAAGUUCUUGAAUGCUUCAAUUGCUGAAGUUCGUUUUGGGAAUCAUACCCUUAUAUAUAGUUAUUGGUCCAUGAAAUCUAAAAGACCAAUGUCCAAUGCUCAAAACAUUAACAAGUUGGAUGAGAUGAACUUCUAGUAUCUAUGAUUUGAACCCUAUUGGGCCCCGAAAUCUCUCUCUUUCUCUCUCUCUCUCUCUCUCUCUCUCUCCUUCCUUCUCUCUGGUUUAUUUUCUGCUUUUGAAUGCAUAAUAUUUCUUUACAUUGCCCCGUUGUUUUCACAUCCUGACUUUAAUUCAGGAUCCCAUUUUAGAAGUCUUGGAUUCGCUAAUAUUAUGUGAUGUACUAUCAUCAUAUAAUUUUUCGUUAAACCGUAUACAGAAAAGACCAUUGAAGUAUUUUCUUCUUGCUGGUAUCUGUUGUUCACAAUAAAGCCAUGAAACAACUAGGUGGAAAUUAAAAUGCAAUUAAUAUUAGCUUUUUAAACAUUCUUUAGUGAAUCGUAUCCCUAGCAUUGGAAGUAGUAUUAUAUUUUAGUCUUCUAUUUCCUAUUGGGUGUAUUGUUCAGUGCACAUAGCGGAAUACUUUCCAGGGAGGUUUCUUUGACCACAACCUUUGACGGCUUAUUAUUUUCGUUUUUCAGGUUAUUGCUGCUAUAUCAUUCCAAAUUAUAGCCAGUGAUGCACUAUAUUCUGAAAUUCCUCUUGCUGCUGUCUGUUCUGAGCACCAGCGAAAGGUAUUACUUUCUAAUUCCGUUUUUAUUGCAAUCACUUCAGUCAAUCAUCAUAUUAAUAGAGUGUUUCGGGUGAACAUCAAGGAGACACGAGUGUUAAAGGUUCAUUUAAAAUCUGUGCCCCCUCCCUCUCUCUCUUGUGCUCUUGCCUUUUGAAUGAGGUACAUUACUUUUUGUGGUGAACCUUGUGAGUGGAGAAUGAUACAGAUAGCAGUUGUUACAUGAAGGAUCAUAAGUAUUUUAUCUGGUUUUUGCGUCAUAUUGGAGCUCCUUUUUAAAUCCAGAAAAAGUGAAAAAUUUCUCCAUAGCAUGAUGUUCUAUCAUUGCUUGUUAACUGAAAUGGAAUUCAAGUGAUAUUUCCUUUGUUGAUAAAUGAUGGCUAUCAUUUGUUGCCUUGUUCACUUUCAAUGGAUGGUGAAAAAUUCAUCUAGCACAUCAUUAAGAGAUGGGCUUUUUGAGAGUUAUGUGGAUGGGUUUGGCUUUUUAAAGCUGAGUUUUCAAAGAUCAUGCUGCAGCUGAAUCAUGACUUGGUAAAGACCUUCAACCACAAGGCUCUGUGAGAAAAAAAAUCGAAUCAUUCAAACAUCUUUUUUUUACUUGCUGGGUGUGGUUUGAUCCAUGAAUCUUUAUGUGCACCGUCUAAAUUCUUGAAUUUUAACUAUUCUAGCCCAUCUAAAUUCUUAGAAAGCAUUACACAUUUGUACAGCUAAUGAAAUUUUUCACACUAUUGCACUGAACCAUUAUAUUAAAAUUCUUCCACCAAGAAGCCUCUCUUAAAAAUUUUAUCCUCUCCUUUGACGUUGUCUUUGCGAGUUUCUCUUUUAUGAGUUUUCUUGAUGUGCAUUUAACAUUUUUUUUCAGGGUAUUGGCCAGUUAUUGUAUUCUGAGCUAAGAAAAAGACUUCAGAGUGUGGGGAUUUUUACUAUAUUCUGCUGGGCAGAUAAGGAAUCGAAAGGAUUUUGGGCUAAACAGGUAUAAAUAGAGCAGGGCUCCGUUGCUUAUUGGCUGCAGAUUGUGUUCGUUACUAUGCAUAAUGCCUAUACCUCAUAUUCAAGUUGGUUCGGUUGAAUGCUUACAUUUCGAUAGAGUCUGUUAGGGUCUUAGAUAAAUAAUCUGAUUCCUUCCAUGGCAUCUGUUUCCGUAAGUAUUAGAAUUGUAUUUUCAAUCAUUGUGAUGGGAAGAUGGCACAGCUUGUAAUUUGUAGAGUCUGAGAGAGAAGAGGUAAAAACAUAGGCAAAGAAUAACGGAAGAGAAAUCAUUUGGUUUCCAAUGAUGCCUUUGUGCUUUUACGGUCUUGUUUGUUUGCGGGUAGAUUUUCUGAAAACUAUCAGUUUUCAUGACUAAAAUAAAUACUUCAAGAAACUUCAUGGAAACUUUGAUUGUUUGCUUCAUUGAGUAGGCAAGGAUAUAUUUUUCUUAGCCCUCAUAUGGUCUGGCCAUGCGUUACAUAUAAUUAUGAAUAACAAGGAUACCCUUUUGCAGGGUUUUACAUCAAUAGGUGAUGUGGAUGGAAAAGGCAGAGUUCGCAGGCUUCCAGUUCGAGCCAGUGUUAGAAAGGCAUUAUGCUUUCCAGGCGAUUCCACACUUAUGGUUUCUCAACUCAAGAAGGAUGUAGUACAACCUGGUAUCCUUAAUAAAAGUAUAAUAUUAUCUUUAAGCUGUAGAUCUGCAGGCUCCCUAGAUAUCUGUGAAAAUAAAAAAAUUUCUAAGUGCAACCUUUUCAAACGCUUCAAACUGCAGGCAUAAUACUAUGAAUUUUUCAAUGUCUGUUUUUAGUUUACUAAAGGAAUCUGGCUAACUCCUUUAUUUGGUUAGGUUUUGCAUACGAAUCGGCAAACAUUCACUCUUUGUUUUAUUAACCUGGAUUAUUGUGCAGUGUCGUUAGUUUUUUAGCCCCGGGUCCCUUGAAGAUGUACGAUUUAUGUUUCAAAGAUUAGCCUGAUUAGUCUGGUGUCAAUCCAGUUACAAGAUUAUGCACCGAUACAAGUAAAAUAUAAUUUGAAAGAUCCAGUUUUAUACUGUACAUCCAAUUCUUUUCCACGUUCAUAUUUUCUCAAAUGGUUUAUAGACUCAUUUUUGAGCUUUUGUAAAUAUGGUUCUUUGUAAAUUUAUGGUUUAAAAGUUAAUAAUGUAGACUAAAAAUAAUAAAACUUGCACAAAUUUAUUACUGGGCUCCUAAUAUUUCACUUACUAUGUUACUCUUCACUUUUCCACCUUCCAAGGGGUGUGUUUCUGGCUGUCCACACCUUCGAAGUGCUAAUUCUGGAAUCUGGGUCAUCAACUCACAUUGCUUUGUUUGAUGUUCUUUAGGUCUCACUCCAUGUGCAACUAAACUUCUUGGACACACAAAUAUGGUUCCAGGCGUUACUGAUUUAGAUAUUGCAGAAAAUAUUCAUAAUGAUGGCGAGAAGAGUCGUUCUUCCCCUGGCAAAGGGGAAAAGAGGUGUCUCUGGGAGGCUUCUUUGUCAUCUUUAAAAUCAAAAAGAAUCAAAGGCUGUCAUCUCACAGAUUGUGGCAUAUCUUCUGAUUGGUGUUCUGCUGGUGAGCAUGAUGCUGGAGAUGCUGUCCUUGUGGAUUCAUCACAUGAUGCAUCUGAAUGCCAGCCCCUUCUUGAUGCAUUGACCAAAGAUGCUGUUUACCCUGAUCUCGCAUUCCGUAAUGAAGUAGUGGAAGUUCAAACCGGAGCAAGUACAGAUUUUGUCAACAAUAAUGUGGUCCAAGACAAAAGAGAGCCUAAAAUAUUCUUCAUGAAUAUUUCAGAUGAAAAUAAGAAAACUUGGCUAAGGAAGGUAGGAGUUUAUUUAAUUUGGAUAUGUUGCUGACCUUUAAUCAUCCAUCAUGUAUAGCUGGUCAUCGAAUUUAAAUCUUCUAUAUCCUUCUUGGUUUGAAAAUCAUAAAGCCUACAUCAGCGUGCCUAUAAAAUUGUGGUUUAUGUUUUACUUGCCUCCUUAAUGCAUUUUUGAGGUUCAUCAUCUGUUAAGUUCUGGUUUUUUGGAGAAAUAUAAAACUGCAUUGGGCGUACGAGAGUAUAAUUGCACACUAUCUUCAGACGUGAGAACUCUUCUUCUCAUGCGCCCAUCAUUUUAUCACUUGUCUUCUUUCUGUGUUGCCUUCCAAUCUUGUUCUUGUCUAACAUCACGUUCACAUUUACUGCCAACUCCUCUCUGUUUUGUACUCUGAUAUGUUAUUGACAAAGUUAAAUGCUUCAAUCAUGUUUGCCUCUAUGACCUAUGGUAUAAUUUUAUGGACGAACUCCACUCUCAUAUUUUAAAAACAAUUUUAAAAUAUGACUCACAGACAGCGAUAAGAAUUAAUCUGGCUACUUAGUCAUUUAUGCUGCGGCAUGAAAUUUACUCACACUAUUGAUGGAGAAGGUGGGGGUUGACUUUUCCAAAAAAGGAUACAAAAUUUUCAUAUUCCAGGUGUUUAGAAGUUACAAAAGUUUUACUCAGGUGCUGACAUAUUUGACUGGCAAUUGUUACAGGGGACUUUUAGCUGUUCCCCAACUAUUGGCUCUAAUCGUGACCUUGACUCUCCCACUGUAGUUGCAGCUAUUUUCUACAUAGUUACUCUUCUAGUAAAGCCACUGUGGAGCUGCCAUUUUAUAUUUCUGAUGGAUGUUAUAUGCUGUAGCUGCCUGAAGGGCCACUCGCUAUGCUGUUUGUUGCCUUCAAAUAUUGCGCAUGGCUUUAGUUUUAGUAUUCACGUUUCUGAACAUUCUGCAACCUCCGUUCAAUCAUUAUCUCAACUGAU